AUGCUUGGCUUUAGCUCUGUAGAACCAAAAGUCACGGAGUCUAAUGCACCAAAUGUUACUUGGCAACAUAUAUGGCCUUUUAGUGAAACACGAGAUGCUCUCUCUGGUUCAUCAUUUGUUGCCAUUCCUAAUGAAAUUCUAUUACGUAUAUUUCGGUUUCUAUCCGUGAGAGAUCUAUGUAAUGUUUCAUUAGUUUGUCGAUCAUUCAAAAUGAUUGCUGAUCAAGAUGAAAUAUGGAAGCCAAAAUGCAAUACAUCAACAAAAUUAUAUUCCAAAUCAUUUAAACAAAUUUAUAUGGAUUGGAUGCAUGGAAAAUGUUUACAUAAUAAACGUCUACGACGCAUAACAUUAUCUUUCAGAACUUCAUGUGCUCUCAUUCCACCUCCUGUAUUUCCUACCCGAUCGACAGGAAAAUAUAAUUUUGAAUCUAUUAGUGGAUUCACUCAGCAUCCAAAUUCAUCAUCAACCAUGUAAGAUAAUCUUCUUUUUGUGAAACACGAUCUGAAAGGAGUGUUGAAGUGUAUAGGGUAGAAAUUUUGGACCCACCCCCCCCCUCCCCCCACAGACCGUGACAGAGAAAAUCCAUACCCAUCACAGACCGUGACAGAGAACCCGGGUACCCAUCACAGACCGUGACAGAGAACCCUGGGUACCCAUCACAGACCGUGACAGAGAAUCCGGGUACCCAUCACAGACCGUGACAGAGAACCCGGGUGCCCAUCACAGACCGUGACAGAGAACCCGGGUACGCAUCACAGACCGUGACAGAGAACCCAGAUACGCAUCACAGACCGUGACAGAGAACCCUGGGUACCCAUCACAGACCGUGACAGAGAGUCCGGGUAUCCAUCACAGACCGUGACAGAGAAUCCUGGGUACCCAUCACAGACCGUGACAGAGAACUCUGGGUACCCAUUGCAGACCGUGACACAGAACCCUGGGUACCCAUCACAGACCGUGAGAGAGAAUCCGGGUACCCAUCACAGACCGUGACAGAGAACCCGAGUACCCAUCACAGACCGUGACACAGAAAUUGUAGUUAUAAAGCAUCAGAUAUAAGGUGAGCUACAAAUGUGUCGUAAGGAAAUGCAACAAAAGGAUUUCCAUUUUAUUAGUAACAAUAGGUCCAUCGUGUUUCACAUUUUUAAUCCCGCAAGGGAUUGCGCUAACAGCUUUUUUUUGAUACAAGUAUUUUAUUUCAUAACCUAGUCGACGAAUUUUAUAUAUUAAUAUUUUUAAUAUAUGAAAUAUGUUCUUUAUUGCUUUAUAUUUUUGAAACAAUCAUAGAGCAUGCAAUUGGUUGUCAAUGUACGAGAUAGAUAAGAAAACAAUAGGUAACACAUUAGUGAACUUAGCUUUAUUGAUCUAAUUUUUUUUGUCCAGACACGAUUUAAAAAAGUAUGUUGAGGUGUAUGGGAUACAAAUUUGUACAUGCAUACUCCACAUAGACCUGAUUAAAAAUUUCUCAUGCGAUUAG